UGCAUGCUGGAGCUGGAGUGCCACAUGGGGCAGCGUGGCCACCGAGCAGUGACGAGCCUCGCUGUGGGAUACACAGGGACACUAAGGGAGAGGAGGCGCACAAAACAGAAGAGGAUUACACCACGAAGGGAGAGCAAACAAGGAGCAACGAGACCAGAAAUGGCCUUUGCGUUCCAAGGGGGAUUCCCUGCUGGGAUUUGCGGGGUCAUAUUACUCACCUUCAGCAUGCAGGCUGCAAUGGUGAGCGGAGCUGUCCUGCGGCAGGAGGCAGUUCUGGACAACAGUGCCGCCCUGAUCAACCACUCGAUGGCACUGGUGCAGCGUAUGGAGGCACUGCUCAUCCAGGGCAAUGGCAGCGAUGUGUCCCUGCGUGUGCAGACGACCAACUCGGAUGAGGUGAAGGUGAUCCAGGCGCACUCGCUGGUGCUGUCGCUGCAGAGCGAAGUGUUUGAGGAGCUGCUGCUGACCCUCAAUGGCAGUGUACUCACCCUGAGAGAAGCUGCAGAUUGCGCUGCUGUCUUUGACAAGUUCAUCCGGUACCUGUACUGCGGAGAGCUGCUCUUACGCCUGGAGCAGGCCGUCCCCCUGCACAAGCUGGCCACCAAGUAUCACGUGCAGGCGCUGCGACGUGGCCUGAGCCUCUAUAUGAGCCAGCACCUGGCCAGUGAUUCACCGGCAAGUCAUGUGGUGGGCUGGUACCAGUAUGCAGCCCAGACAGGAGACACUGCACUGCGUGACAGCUGCCUGCAGUACCUGUCGUGGAACCUGUCAACUGCGCUGCAGAGCGGCGAGUGGGGCAUUUUAGGCUCCGAGCUGUUGCUCUCACUGCUGCAGCGCUCCGACCUGGUGCUACACAGUGAGCUAGAGCUCUAUGAGGCGCUGGAGGCCUGGGUGGGCAGGAACCAGCCAACGGAGCUGACGGCAGAGGCGGCACUGCGCUCUAUUCGCUACGGCAUGAUCCCCCCACAGCAGCUUUUUCGGCUGCAGAAGCAGUCACCACUGAUGCUGAAGCACCAGGAGUCAGUGCGUGACCUCCUUUACCUCGCCUUCCAGUUCCACUCGGCAUCCCCCACGCAGCUCGCCAAGUACUUCGAUGUGAACUGCAGCAUCUUCACACCUCGCAACUACCUGUCUGCAGCAUGGGGCGCCCAGUGGGUGAUCAACAACCCCACCCGGGAUGACCGCAGCACCAGCUUCCAGACACAGCUGGGUCCCAGCGGACAUGACGCCGGAAAGCGGGUGACGUGGAAUGCUCUCUUCUCACCACGCUGGCUCCCGCUCAGCACACGCUCGGCCUACGCGGACGGGAGCGCCGUCGUGCAGGCCUCUCGCGCCGAUGGGGGCCGCCCACGCAUCGUCAUCACACCUGCCACCUCCAGUGCUGACUUUGCCGGGGUCAGCUUUCAGAAAACAGUCAUUGUGGCCGCCCGGCAGCAGGGCAAAGUGGUGGUCCGGCACAUCUACAACUUCCACCAGAGCACUGAGGAGACGGGCGACUUCCUGGCUGAAGCCGAUCUCCAGCGAAGGGCUUCCGAGUAUCUCAUCGACAGCUCCCUCUACCUGCACAUAGUGGUCAAGCCCCUCUACCACAGCCUCAUUGUGGCCAGGAAGUAACCACACACACACACACACACACACACACACACACCAUCCCCAUCCCCAGCCAACCCUUUCUGCUCUUAGCAGCUUGACCUUUGUUUUUCACAUCUGUAACCAGUGCAGAGAGCAAAUCAGCGUCAGGUUUUCCUCAUCUGGCUGCUUUUCUCACAGCUUCUACUGACUCCAUCCCACUGGCCAGCUCAGUAACACUGAAUCAGAGCUCUGAUAAUGGCACCCAAGAUCCAUCCUAUGGCACGUGUAAAUGUCUCCUGUGCUCCUCAAACCGUAGCUUGAGAUCUCCAGUAUGGUAAUGCAUUUUCAUAACUUCAAAUCUGUUUUCUGAGGACUGAAUUUGUCUGUGUGAUAGUUAUUAGGGGUGUAACAAUUCUCCAAACCCACGAUUCAGUUCAGACCUUGAUUCUUGAACCACAUUUUUUUUUUUUUUGGGGGGUAAAUAAGAAAAAAUAGCGGGGAUGUUUUCUGCGUUUUUUAAUCAUGAACAAUUUGGAACAUUAAAGAGGGUUAUUACCCGAGCUAAUUAAACUAGCCUAGCUUUUACUCCAGGUGUGAUUAGUCAAUCAUGUUUGGACGAAAAUAGUCAUGAGACACACGCAGUUGGGAGACAAUAAAAUAGGUGUGAUGUGUAAUAUUUACCAAAUGUCCAGCUUGCCCUAACUUUAAAUAGAAUAAUAUUUUAGUCAUUUACAUGUGUUACAGUGUUAACUGUGAGAUGAAAAAUGACUGGUGUAACAUUAAUAACGUAAUGAGAGCUCAACAUGCUGCAGCUACAGUGCUGGCAGCGGGUUGGAGGUGGGUGUCAUGGUUAUGUCAUCCAGAACCGCAUCACGAGAUCGUGAAUGCUUGUACCAUGGUUUGUCUCAGUUUCAGAAGCGUUACACCAUUCAUACUUAUUCAAAAUAUGCAACAUCAUCAGGACCUGAUUCAUGUUUAAAUCUUUGCACCGAUCUGGGAUUUUCUUAUUUCUAAGGUGCUACCUGGUUUCCAUGAAGAAUACACAACACAAUACACAUACACAGUGAAAGACAGACACAUAUGCAGACAAACAUAUGUUUACAAGACUAGCUGUCCAUUAUAUCCAGUUGCAUAGGCUCUCCUAGUGUCCCAGUACAAACUACACGUUUUCUGGAAAUGAUAUAUAGUAUAGUGAUGAUGCGACCCCAGUUCCCUUUGCGGAUGCUCCUUUAAAUCAGCUAAUCUCUGGUAGAUGGAGAAAUGAUUCUCAUACAGCUUUUUUUCUUAUAAAUAAUUCUUAUUGUGAUUAUUUCCAGGAUACUAACCUAUUGACCCUUUAAAGUAUAUGACUGUAUCUCUGAAUUAAGUCAUAAAACAAAACAUGUUUAGUGUAGUUGCUUCUGUUAUUUAAUUAUGGAUAUUAUUACACCCUUCCCCCACUCCCUGAGCCACACCUCCCUCUGGCAGUCAAUUCUCUUCAAUAAAGACAUUUUUCUCAA